AUGACGGUGUAUCCGGCGGUGUACGGGGCGUACGAUGCGAUGCGAGCGAUGUCGCCGAUGACGUACGACGCGUACGCGGGCGCGGCGCGCGCGGUGGCGGUGCCGGGGGAUUCGUUUUCGAGACAGAUUCAGGAGCGGGCGUACGCGAGCGCGUUUACGUUUACGCGGCAGUGGAAUUAUUUGCAACACGCGGCGGCGGCGCAGCACGCGGCGUUCGCGUCGGGGAGUCGUGGGGGUGGAACGAUGAUGGAUCUUCUCGCCGCCACCGGUUCGGCGGCGGCUGAGCGCGAUAUCGGCGUCGAGCGCGAGGUGGAGCUGAGCAAGCGACAGCGGUUGGUGUGGACGCCGCAACUGCACGCGCAAUUCAUCGCGGCGGUGCAAAAGCUCGGGGUUAAGACGGCGGUGCCGAAGGCGAUUAUGAAAAUAAUGAAUGUCAAAGGGUUGACGCGUGAAAACGUCGCUUCGCAUUUGCAGAAGUAUCGUCUGACGCUCAAACGAGCGCAGGAUAGCUCUGAAUCGACCCGGGCGUCGGGAGACGCGACAGACGCGAAGAGAAGCGACGUCCGCGCGGGACGUAAGAGGAAAGAUCGCGAAGAAAAAGGUAAAACCAACAGUGGAAGCGGCCAGGGAAGCGGCCAGGGAAGUGACGGUGGAAGUGCCGAGCAUAGCGCGAGUGAAAACCUCGAGAAUCGCGCCAAGCGAAUUUCUUCCAGCGAAGAAGAAGAGACGCGACAAAUUACGCUCGCCGUCGACCACAACGACGAAUAA